GGUGUCGAACUCCAGGUCUCGACGGCCGGUGUCCUGCAGGUUUUAGAUACCACCCUGGGUCAACACACCUGAAUCAAAUGAUUGGUUCACUACCAGACCUCUAGAGAACUUCAAUACAUGUUGAGGAGGUCAUUUAGCCUUUUAAAUCAGCUGUGAUGGAUCAAUGACUCAUCUAAAAUCUGCAGGUCACCGGCCCUCGAGGCCUGGAGUUUGACACCUGUGUUACAGAAUAACAGUUAGUUAGUUACUUAUGAAAAUAUGACUUCACAAAAUGUCUUGCCCACUGACACAACACUGUUCACUAAUAUUAAUUUAAUUUAAUUUAAUUUAAUUUACACCGACUAAACCUGUACAACGUGAAAUGGCAUUGUUUUAGUGUUAUUUAGUUUGAGACUUCAUAGCUGCAUGAUCAUCCUAUCCAGCUACUUUUUGUGAGAUUAGUUUAUUUUGUAUAUAUGCCUUUGUUUUAUGCCCCAUGAAGCCAAAUUCUCUUUUGAAAUAUUUUAACCCGUUAUGAAUCCUCAUGUAUCAAAGCUGUCAUAUUUUUCACAGUGCAGAGAGGGAAAAGGCCCUUUGCCACUGCAUUCCCCUCAGACUUGCCACCUUUUAAUAUUAGACUUCCCUGUUUAUCUGAGAUAAGCAUGUCAUAGCUACUGUUCUCUGAUGUAUGGAUAAUCACUUAGUCACAGUUCUUUUCAUAUGUGGAUAUAUUAUUGUUAAUCUGUAGCUAGAGCUGCAGUGCCAUGGAUAUAUUUAUGUGUAUGUUGCUGGAUGGUGUUGCUGUUUCAGCAAGAGGAAGUAGAGUGAUAGAGUGAUUCAUCUGUCUCUUAGUGUCAUUACUUAUGGAAAUAAACUGGAUUCUGGAGUGCUCCGUAGCAGCAACUAGAGGGAUUAUGUUGAACAAAGUAAAGCCAAGCAUGCGAGAUCAUCAAUAACUUUUUCUGCUUUUCAUUUCAUGACUUUGUGUGUGUGUGUGUGUGUGUAUGUGUGCGUGCGUGCAUGUGUGUGUGCGCGUGUGUGCGUGCCUGUCUGUCUGUCUGUCUGUCUGCCUGUCUGUUUAAGUCCAAAUGAUUUGGCAUAAAUAACAUUUUGUGUAGAAAUAACUCCUGUCCCUGUCCUUUUGGGACAAUGUGUUUAAUAAAUAGAGAAUAAAUUGAGUGGUUCUAGGUCAGAACUACUUUGUCUAUCAAAAUACUAAUCAAUCACAUAAUCAAUCGGGGCCCACAUCAGAUCCUGGAUCCCAUACUAGACUCUGUUACAUUAUAUAAAUAUUGCUUUAACUGUGUCCAUAUCGUGUUGUUUAAAAUACAAUGAUCGUAUUUGUCUUAUUAGUAGUUAUAGCAGUUAAUGUUCAGCUCCCAACUUGAGCUCACUUUGGUUACGUGCUGGAAGGUGAUAUUACAGACAGCUGCAGUUAUUCUCUCAGUCUCUUGGUGACGCUCUUUUAUAAAGUCUGAGUCAUGGAUGCUCAUGUCUUCCUCUAUAUGUGUCAGUGGAACUAGAGUAUUGGGUUAGGACCGGCGGCUGUGUAUACAUGCGCAUUUCUCUUUUUAUCGUGUGUGUGUGUGUGAGGGGAGAAAAGGAGAGAGGCUGUAUGUGGAGCUGUCUGAGAGAGGGAGUUAGAGAGAGGGGGAGAGAGAGCUGAAAAACGAGGUUAGAGAGAGAGAGAGAAAUCCGAGCUGACAGCUUUCUUAAUAGAGCAUGAUUAACUCAGCCAGAGAAGCAGGAAAUCGUAGGAUUGCAGUUGCAUUUUCAGUUCGGUAUUUGGAUGUAUGUUAACGACUUAGCUAUAAUGUCGACAGUGCAUCCAUUUCUGAAAAAAUGUUUAUUGAUGAUGCGUCGACCUCAGUUAAAGUGGUGGCUGCAUUUUUCAUUUCUUAGUCUCCUUUCCGCUGUUUCGUUUGGAGAAGUCCGUUAUGUUCUUCCAGAAGAGAUGCAGAGGAGCUCUGUGAUUGGAAACGUUGCGCGGGAUCUGGGGCUGGAGGUGAAAGAGCUUGAUGCUCGUCGAGCCCGUGUUGUUGCAGAAGGAACAAGCCAGCUGUGUGAACUGGACACUGCGUCAGGCAAUCUUUUGAUCAGCCAACGGAUAGACCGAGAGGAGCUCUGCGCACAAGCCACUGCCUGCAUUUUACAGUAUCAACUUUUACUUGAACAGCCCCUUCAAGCAUUCAGCAUAGUUUUGGACAUUACAGAUAUAAAUGACAACAGCCCAGUGUUUCCUACGGGGGAGAUAAAACUGGAUUUAGUGGAAUCCACAGUUCUAGGGAGGCGCUUUCCCUUAGAGAGCGCGCAUGACCCCGAUCUCGGCACGAAUUCUGUCCGUGAAUAUACACUGAGCCAGAAUGACAAUUUUGCACUGGAAAUGGGUAACCAAAUGAACGGAAAUGCUUAUCCUGAGCUAGUUCUUAAAAAGGCAUUGGACCGGGAGGCACAAGUUGAACAUGUACUGAAAAUCAAUGGAAUUGACGGGGGAAAUCCGGCUAGAUCAGGAACUGCUUCUAUCCUUAUCCGUGUUUUAGAUGCCAAUGAUAAUGUCCCAGUUUUUAGCCAGCGAGUUUUCAAAGCCUCUGUGCCAGAGAACUCAGCCAUAGGGACUGUCAUAACCACGCUACAGGCCACGGACCUGGAUGAGGGGGUGUAUGGGGAGAUAACUUAUUUCUUCAGUCAUCUGUCUGACAAGUUGGGAGGUGUUAUUGAAAUUGACCCUUUAAGCGGAGAAGUUCGCGUAUCAGGUGUCAUUGACUAUGAAGAAGCUAGCUCACACGAGCUAGAUGUUCAGGCUAAAGAUGGCGGUGGCCAGGCCUCACACUGUAAACUUAUAAUUGAUGUGAUUGACGUGAACGACAAUAAGCCCGUGAUAGAAAUAAAGUCGGCCUCUUCUAACGUGGCUGAAGACUCCAAACCAGGGACUAUGGUUGCUCUGAUUAAUAUAUAUGAUAUGGACACUGGGAGCAGUGGGCGUGUCACCUGUACGAUCUCAAAAAAUGUUCCUUUUAAAUUAGUAUCGGAGGUCAAAAACUAUUACAUGCUAGUGACUGAUGGAAUAUUGGACAGGGAAGUGCAACCAGAGUAUAACCUCACAGUAACUGCCACUGAUGCGGGCUCUCCCCCACUUACUAGUGUAAAAGUUAUACCAAUCGCGAUUAGCGAUAUAAAUGAUAACCCCCCGACAUUUAUGCAAAGCGAGUACAAUGCCAACAUCUUGGAAAACCAACCCGUUGGCACGUUUGUCAUUAAAGUCAAAGCGGAAGACGUUGACGACGGGUCUAACGCUAAAAUCCAAUACCAAAUAUCAAAGGACACAAACUCAGAAGUGUCAUCUUUCUUAAGCAUCAACUCAGACACGGGGGAGGUCUUUACCUCACGCAUGUUUGACUACGAACAGUCAGUUUACUUCCAAAUUAAAGUGACAGCUAGAGACGGCGGUGGGCCUUCACUUUCCACCACCUGCAUUAUAAAUGUGUUUAUUAAGGACCAAAAUGACAACGCACCUGUGGUCUUAUAUCCUGUGCAAAGUAGCGGUUACAUUGCUGAAGAUAUGGUACCAGCUGAAGCGCCUAGAGGUUACCUGGUUACUAAGGUGGUGGCUGUGGACGCUGACUCAGGUCAUAACGCAUGGCUUUCUUACAGAAUAAUCAAAGCAACACGGCCUAACGUGUUUAUGAUAGAUCUGCAUACAGGGGAAAUCAGAACAACGAGAACAUUCAUAGAGGACGAUGAACCAAAACAUACUAUUGUUGUAUUAGUAACGGAUAACGGGCUCGAAUCUCUCUCUGCCACUGCGACAGUCAGCAUAAUGCUUGGUGAUGGGCUCCCCGUUUUAAGCGAACUUUUAGAGUUUGCAGAUGAGUCACAAGAGAGCGAUAACUUAACGCUCUAUUUGAUAAUCGCUCUUUCAACCGUGUCUUCUAUGUUUAUCCUUCUAAUCAGCGGAGUGUUUUAUUUUAAACUCUGUCGGCGUGGCUACGUUUACCGUUCAACCACAGCCAGUCUGCCCGUUUUCCCCACGACCUAUUGCCCCUCUAGUUUUGCAGAUUUUAGCCGUUGCGGCACCUUGCUGAAUGAUGAGCGAUAUGAUUCCUUUAUGACCACCGGGUCGUGGAGAGGUGAUUUUCGUUUCGCAUCAAAUACAGACACCGACACUCUUAAGAAAAGAAGUGCGGCUUAUCAGAAAAACACACUGAGGCGCCUCAGUGCAGACAGGGCAACGCUGAAGGUGAGGGCAGGUGCACCGCAUCCCUGUUAUGUGAUCAAAUGAGAGUGUGCCAUAGCAUGUUUUAACAUGUUGGAUUUGAGAUGGACCUUUUUAACAAAAAAUGUUGUAACUGGGGUUUCUUUAAAAACUAAAUAAAUAAUUAAUGCUUCUAUAUAAUUACUUUAAAUAUACACGUAAUGGAUCUAGUGGUUCUAAAAGAUUUUGUCUUAUAUAUGGGUGUAUUUGUGCACGAAUAUGUUGUCUUUUAUAUAUAACCUCAACUUCACCGCCACAUUGACAUAUUGGACACAGGUAGCAGUCUCAAACUUAUAGGUGUUGAUAUUUUGACAUAUUAUUAGACAUAGUAUCACAGAAGUGUAACUAAAGUAUGUAUUGUAUUUAUUUAUAUUGCCUGUGACAGUUAAAUGUAGCGUUUAGUAACUUUAUAAAUUUUCUGUCAUUUUUUUACAUUUAUUUUCUGUUUUUAAUCUAAGAAAAAAAAUAUUCUAUGGUUGAUCCCCUUUAUCUUAUCUGAACAAGUAACAGACACAACAUAAUAUUUGUAAUACCUUUCAGUGUGGAAAAACAUAUAACUGAUUAAAUACAUUAGUUGAAAUGUCUCAUUUUCUGCAUUAAAAAUGCAGGGCAGACCGUUAUGACUUCUUCAUUCAUCCCUAUGUCUUCUGAAAGUGAUAUAGUUGAAGAGAAGUAGUCUUAGGUCUAAGUCUUUUGCUUUGUCUGUGGUGUUUUUGUUUUUGCCUGAGUAAAAACAUUAAUUGCAAUUGUAAUUUUCCAUAUUCAGCCUGUUUUAUUUUUCUCUUUGCUUUACUGUAGCCAACUUUUGUCAUUGUUUUCAUCCUUCAUUUGCCCAUCUAUUAUGUUACCACUUAUCCAGCUUGGGGUCUCGGGGCUAGAACCAAUCCCAGCUGACAUAGUACACCCCUGUGAGGUUGUCAGUAUUUUAUUUAUUUGGGGGUGGGGGGGAUCAAAUAAAGCUUUGCACCACAUACCUUUUAUUGAACCAUAUGUCAAUAGAUUUUGUGCAUUUGAUGAAAAAUAAACUUUUAGAAAAGCA